GAAGCGAGCAGUCAGAGAAACAGGCAGGGUCAUACACGGAAAUCACUAUCAGGGACAAGGCAAGAAUCGGUCGUGGAAAACAGGCAAGAAUCAUACACAAAUAAUAGCAAAACACAGUAUAACGCUCAGUAAGUCAUGUGAGGACGAUACUUCGCGUAAAACAAUGGGUGAGGAUUCCUUCGAGCUGCACUCGGUGGAUGCGGAGCUGGAGGCCGUGGAGAAGCAGAUCCGCGACCUUCAGGUGAAGCUAGCCCAGCUGCGACAGCAGAGAGACGCUCACCUGUCCCAGGUAAAUCCACGGCGUGAUACGGUCACUCCCACAACCUCAACACUGUGUGUUUCUCUGCCCAGCACAGCUAGGAGGCAGCCCGCCCAGGUUUCGUUCACUCCGGCGCCGGGGUACCACGGAGCCUGGAUACAGCAGCAGCGGAAAACACGCGCCUUGCCCCGGCCGAGGACCUCUCCCCCUCCGCUGCCACCCGUCUUCGAGAUCUCGACCCGCAACCGCUUCACUCCUCUCCGCGAGGCAGCAUGCGACGCGGUGAUCAUAGGAGACUCUAUCGUCCGGCAUGUCCGUGCUACCGCGGCUAAAGGUAAGGUGCGCACUCGUUGUUUUCCUGGUGCUCGUGUUGUUGAUGUCGCUGCACAAGUACCGGCGGUCCUGAACAAGAACAUUGGAGCCGUGGUCCUCCAUGCUGGCACGAACGACAUAAGGCUGAGGCAGACGGAGAUCCUGAAGAAGGACUUCAAGAACCUGGUGGAGAAGGUUCGCACCACAUCGCCCCCGCCGAGGAUCGUGUCAGGACCACUUCCCAUGUUCCAGCGAGGAAUUGAAAGGUUCAGUAGGCUUUUUGCAUUUAAUGAAUGGUUACAGUCUUGGUAUCAAGAACAGAAUAUACCAUUUGUUGAUAAUUGGAAUGUUUUCUGGGAGCAUCCUAGGCUCUACUGUUACAAUGGCCUUCACCCAAGCAGAGCUGGAGCAGCAGUCCUCUCAGACAACAUAUCCAGGACACUGCGCACCAUCUGACUGCACCAGCUGACAAGGGUGCUGAGAGGACCUAUGCUGAGCUGGUGGAAGGCAGAGAGAAAAUCCAUGAUUGGAGGAUGUUCAUGUCAGCUUUCCUCUUGGAUGACCACUUGGCAGUGGUUGAGGACAAGCCCUGGUUGAUGGCAGAGGUUAUGGGAUUUUACCUUGAUUACCAUGCUCUCUGUCUAAAAUGGGAGGCAGACAACAGUAAGGGGGAGUUAAUAAACUGCUUCCUAACCAACAUCAACCCCAGUCGCAGGAUGCCUAAGGAGGGUCAGUAACCACCAUCAAACAGCUGAUCAAGAUGAGCCCCAUGGUAGAAAGGGCUGCAUGGAGGUUAAGAACUACUGGCAAAAGCUGGAAAAGUUUAACCUGAAGGAAAAAGGACCCAAUAAACCAUCUUGACACAAAGAGCACACAAAGACAUGAGCACACAAAUGACACAAAGAGCUAGCGCGGAUGUCAGUUACACAACCUGAUGACACUGAGCUCUGUACACCCUCUCUUCUCCAAGUACCACUUUAGGUUACUAGGGAAAAAAUGAGAGCAAUUAUUGACACUGGCAGCUGAUAUACACUGAUGCUGCACAGCAUCUGAAGGAGCCUAACAAAGUACAUAGGCCAGAAGUACCCACACAGCAACAGAAGCAGCAAAACUUUGUUACUGUGGAUAAUAAAGUGCAUGUUUCCAAGGUCAAGACUCCACAUCAGUCACACAGAUGCCAGUGAGCUGGGACUAGGGGACAUCUAAACCCAAUAAUCUGAGGAGAGAGAGAACAUAAUUGCAUAUGCAUCAAGAACAUUGGGCUGAGUUUAAUUAAUCUACCUUAGACAAGGAAUGUCUGACUGUGGUCCAGGCUGUUGAAAAGGCAUUUCUUGGAAGGACUGAAGUUUGAGGUCUUUACUGACCAUGCAGCACUGGCCUGGAUAUUCAACUGCCCAAAGACCUUCUCAUGCUUGACAAGAUCAAUUCACCUUCAAAAUGUGCUUUAGGAAGGGUUGUCUAAAUACGUGACUGGAGGCCUUGUCAAGGGCCAAUAAACCUCCCUCAAUGGAUGUACCUCUUUGCUUGAGUGUCGUCCACCACCAUCAAACUGACCUAUGCAUUUCUUGACUGAAAUACUCAUACUAUAUUCUCAUACUCAUUCAUAUUGUAUAAGGAGCUCCCACUAAAAGAUCAAGCAGAGAAAUACUAACUCAUAGUAACUCAUAGUACCACUAAACUUUAUCCUAAGUUUCAUUCGCCAUUUCCCCUCUAACCCAUUAGGGGGUCAUCUCAGACAGCUGAAGAAACUGAUACGAUUGCUGGAAGAAACCUGGUGGUUGACAGUGUAAAGGGACAUAUGGGAAACUGUGUAUCACCUGUCAGAAAUACAAACAUGACAACACUAAGUCUUGGCUAGGGUUCAUACAGUCCACUGAGGUGCUGGGGCAGGAUACACCUUGAGAAUUGACCUUGGGGGAAUUCCAAGGCGUUCCCAGGUCAGCCGAGAGACAUAGUCCCUCCAGCGUGUCCUGGGAACGCCUUGGAAUUCCCCCGGAAGAGUUGGAGGAAGUGGCUUGGGAGAGGGAAGUUUGGGCAUCCCUGCUUAGACUGCUGUCCCCGUGACCCAGCUACAGAUAAGCGGGAGACAAUGAUAUGACAUGACAUGACAACUAUAAUAUUAGUAGGGAAAGCUUGUUCUCCUGGAGAUCUAGUCUGGCUCAAAUCACACCCACUUUCUAGUAACACUGCUAAUUUCUCUGCAAAGCUAGCACCCAAGAUGGAGGGACCUUCGAGGAAGGUUGGUGUGCCACAGAAAAUGUUGAAACAGUUCUACAUUGCAGUCACUGAAUCCAGUCCUAUGCACAUCCAUCGCUGGUUUGGAGCAGGACAGGAACAGACUGCUACAAAUAUUAAAAAUGGCAAAAAAAACAACAAACUAAAUGAAUAGUGUUGUUAUUUAUACCUGUACAAUAACAACUGGAACCAAAUCCCUUGUGUGUGCAAAACAUACUUUGCAUACUAUGCAAUAAACCUGAUUCUGAUUCUAUGAGCAGCUUGUGGAAACUUGCAGAGUGUACGUGAAAUUUAUCUAAAUUCUUAU